AGGAGGAGUGGCGGCGGCGGCAGCACCCGGAGCCAGGGGCCGGAAUCGUUUCCUGGGGUGAGCGCGGCGGCGCGGGGAGCGUUUCCGGCCGCGGGGGCAUCCCGCAGCUGAUCGCGGCCAAGGCGCAGCGCAGGGAGCGGAGCGGAGCGGAGCAGCGCCCGAUUUCUUUCUUUAGUGUGUGACCUCUGGGGGUGAGCACUACUGGUGUUGGUGGCAAGGACUGAAGAAGCUGGCAUUUCAUACGUUGGCACACUGAGGAGCUGGGGAAGGAUGCAGCCUGACAACCUGGAGAGCAGCACCCAGCUGUUAAACAUUUCGAUCUUGUGCUUUGAAAACAGCUGACAACGUGUGGUAAUGUGCUGACUGGCAUUAUGGGCAGACGAUACCCAGGGGCUCACUAUCGUCCAAGCAGCUCAUUUGACUCCAGUGUGGACACUUUGGCAGUGUUUAUGGCAAGCAACAGCACAACGGACGUUGUGAAUCGCAAUAAUCCCGCCACUCCACCAAAUACCCUUAACCUCCGUUCCUCCCACAAUGAGCUGUUGAAUGCAGAAAUAAAACACACAGAAACCAAGAACAGCACUCCUCCAAAAUGCAGGAAAAAAUAUGCAUUAACUAACAUUCAGACAGCCAUGGGCCUUUCAGAUCCAGCAGCACAGCCUCUUCUGGGGAACAACUCUGCCAACAUAAAGCUGGUAAAGAAUGGAGAGAACCAGCUUAGAAAAGCAGCAGAGCAAGGGCAACAGGAUCCCAACAAAAACCUCACAACCACUGCAGGCAUAAACAUAACUUCUGAGAAGUUAGAAGGUAAAGAGCCAGUCCCCCAGGAUUCUUCUGGCUGUGAAAUAUUGCCCUCACAACCCAGGAGAACCAAGAGCUUCCUAAAUUACUAUGCAGAUCUGGAAACAUCAGCCAGGGAACUAGAACAGAAUUUUGUGGUGAUGGAAGAGAAAUCUGCACAAAGCAACAGCCAGGCUUCUACCAUUAUUGUCAAUGGGGAUGUCCUGCCUGGGCAGCAGACCAAGCUGUCAAGCCCAGAAGAUGGCCAAGUAGCCACUGUAUCAUCAAGUCCUGAGACUAAGAAGGACCAUCCUAAAACUGGAGCCAAAACAGAUUGUGCGCUACAUCGGAUUCAAAACCUGGCUCCAAGUGAUGAAGAUUCCAGCUGGACAACGUUGUCACAGGACAGUGCUUCUCCAAGCUCCCCUGAUGAAACAGCAGAUAUAUGGAGUGAUCACUCAUUUCAGACAGACCCUGACUUGCCACCGGGCUGGAAAAAAAUCAAUGACAUUGCAGGGAUCUAUUAUUGGCACAUACCAACGGGAACAACCCAGUGGGAACGUCCUGUCUCCAUACCAACAGAUCGUCAGGGUUCAAGGAAAGGAUCCCUCAGUUCUAUAACUCCAUCUCCAACCCCAGAAACUGAGAAACAGCCAUGGAGUGAUUUUGCUGUACUGAAUGGGGGAAAGAUUAAUAGUGACAUUUGGAAGGACCUACAUGCAGCCACUGUGAAUCCAGACCCCAGUCUAAAAGAAUUUGAAGGAGCAACAUUACGUUAUGCAUCUUUAAAGCUCAGAAAUGUUCCACAGUCUGAUGAAGAUGAUUCCUGCAGCAUCAACAGUGAUCCGGAAGCCAAGUGUUUUGCUGUGCGCUCUUUGGGCUGGGUAGAGAUGGCAGAAGAAGAUCUUGCUCCUGGAAAAAGUAGUGUUGCUGUCAACAAUUGCAUCAGACAACUCUCUUAUUGUAAAAAUGACAUCAGAGACACAGUCGGAAUUUGGGGAGAGGGAAAAGACAUGUAUCUCAUACUGGAAAAUGACAUGUUAAAUUUGGUUGACCCAAUGGAUCGUACUGUUCUUCAUUCCCAGCCCAUUGUGAGCAUCAGAGUCUGGGGUGUGGGCCGUGAUAAUGGCCGAGACUUUGCUUAUGUAGCAAGAGACAAAGACACAAGAAUUUUGAAAUGUCAUGUAUUUCGAUGUGACACACCAGCAAAAGCCAUUGCCACAAGUCUGCACGAAAUCUGUUCUAAGUUGCUACUAUACUAUAUGUUGGAAAAAAUGCUGUAUUAUCGCCGUCUUCUUCAGAUUAUGGCUGAACGGAAGAAUGCUAAAGCUGUGGCUUGCAGCUCAUUGCAAGACCGGACAAAUGCCACCCUAGAUGUUCCUCUGCAAGUAGAUUUCCCAACACCAAAGACAGAGCUGGUACAGAAGUUCCAUGUGCAGUACUUGGGCAUGUUACCUGUAGCUAAGCCUGUGGGAAUGGAUACACUGAACAAUGCUAUAGAAAGUCUUAUGACUUCCUUGAGCAGGGAAGACUGGAUGCCAGUUACCAUGAAUGUUGCUGAUGCCACCGUCACAGUCAUCAAUGAAACAAAUGAAGAAGAAAUCAUGGUGGAAUGUCGUGUACGAUUCCUGUCCUUUAUGGGAGUGGGCAAGGAUAUCCAUACGUUUGCCUUCAUUAUGGAUACAGGAAACCAGCAUUUUGAGUGCCAUGUUUUUUGGUGUGAGCCAAAUGCAGGCAAUGUAUCAGAAGCUGUUCAGGCUGCUUGCAUGUUACGGUAUCAGAAGUGCUUAGUAGCCAGACCUCCUUCGCAGAAAAUUCGACCACCACCUCCUCCUGCAGACUCGGUGACCAGAAGAGUUACAACUAAUGUAAAAAGAGGAGUGUUGUCCCUCAUUGACACUUUGAAACAGAAACGCCCUGUCACUGAAAUGCCAUAAGAGGAUUCUUGUAACACUUAACCCAAAAUAUAGUAGCUACACUAAGGAAAAUGAACUGAUGAUGCUCAGCCUUCCAUUUGAAAUUGCUGAUGCUUUGUCUUCAGAGAAUUUACCCUUAUCAAAACAAUGUUAGACAAGCAUGUUCUCUUGUUCUUGCCACCAUCGUGUGAUAUGAAAAGAAGCAUGAAUAAUUUUUUUGCUGUCAGUGAGUUACAUCAUGAGCAAUGGAAGGUCUAUUUCUGAUUGUAAAUAUUAUGAACAUUACCUAAAUUCACACACACAAAGAAUAUGGCCACAUCCCUCCUAGAGAACUAACGCUAAAAACCUUGGAGUGAAUGAUGCCUGAGUUAAUAGUCUCACCGUCUUGAGCUGGAUUUGUCACAAGCAAACCUUAAAUCCUACAGCACUUUUCCCUAUUUUCAACACUGGAGUAGGUAUUGAAUAGUUACCAUUGACUUAUAAAUACCAAGUAUUAUUUUCCAAAACUGCACCUAUUAGUUUUAAAGUGUCUGUUGGAAUCAGUCUAGGAACUAUUUAACAACUCUCCCUGAAAUGCUUUUGAACCAUAGUAACCAUAUUUCAUCUACUGUUUAUAUAUUAUGACCUUGGAGAAGAAUUGUUUUAAUACCAAACCGAUGCUUAAGAUAUUGGAAAAGUUUUAAGCAAUACAAAUCAGGGUGCAUCAGCUUCAACUAUCCAUCCUCAGACAGACACAUGUACCUGGUAGCUGUUAAAUUUAUUCUCCAAAGUCCUGCAGCAUGCAACAAAAAUGUGAUUUGCUUCAGAUAGGAUUUAUCCCUAUCCUAAGUCAGCAGAGCCCAACCAGAACUGUGCAGACAAGGAACUAUACAUUUUCCUUAGAUAAAACUAUGACCUUUUUUUCUUAACAAGCUUUCAGGUGAAGGCCUUGUGAUGCAACUUUUCCCAUUGGAAUUUGUUGUCGAGUUAAAUCUUACAUGGGCACAAAGGAAGAACAAUCACAUUUUUACUGCAUAGGCCCGUUUGUGUGCACCUCGUCCUGUGGAGUUUUGUUUUACUUUCAUUCAUUCCCUUUCUGUAGCAGCUUUCAGCAACAGGUUGAAACAGCGAUACAGUUGUUCUGACAAUGGGGCUUCUCGUAGCACAACCUAGUUUUAAUACUUCUGCUUCAAAAACUCCAAUUAUGUUGGUCCACACCACAGCAAGUUCCUUGGCAACAAACCAUAAGGUAUUUCCCCUCAGAUUUGUGCAUUUUAAAUACUCUUAUCUGUGCUGACACUAAUUCUGAAAAGAGAUUGUCAAGGUUAACAGAUCCACAGUUUGACCUAUUUGGUCUUUACAUCUGUUCACAAAGGGUUUUGUGUUUUAAGUAAAUGCUUUCUUGUAUUUCUUCCCUUAAAAUUACUGUUGAUAGCUACCUAUGGGCACCCCUCUGGUAAACAAAUUAGGCUGAGUACGAGGUAACUGAAUACAUUUCAGCUUUUAGCUUAUAGAAGUACUAUUAAAAACAACAGGGGAAAAAGCUGUUAAAUGAACUGAGCCUAUAUGAAAUGGGACAACUGAGGGCCAGAGUGAGAUACCAAGUGUAGCUUUGGGGGUAGCAUUGGAGGAGGUGGCCCUGAAAUGCUCCUUAACCAGCGGUUAUUUUUUACAUUCUUUUAGCAGUACCUAGCACAAAGGGAACCCGACCUGGCUGAGACCUCUAACAGGAUACUACAGCACAAAGAUAUACAUUUAGCCUGCGGUUCCAGUUCAGCAAGGUGUUAAAAGUGCAUAUGUGAUACUAGGCAGACGAGGUUCUUUGGGUGAAUCUGAUAUCUUUUAUUAGACCAACUUAAAUAGUUGUAAAACAAUUAUUAAGCAAGCUUUUGGGUUCAAAAACCCUUCGUCAGGCUAAGGAAGUUUCAGCAGUUGGUACAUGCUCUUCCUGGAUGGAAUGAAAUGUAAAGAAGCCAGAGGCUGGUCUGGUAUGCAUGCAAGACAGGUAGUCAGUGAAAAUGUAGACUGAGGAGUCAAUGGGUGAGAGACAGGCUGGGGGGGGGGAAGAGAGAGAAGGGGGAUAAAAGUUUACUGAUACUAAACACACACAAAAUUCAGGUGUAUGCUUAAAUCCCUCACCAUAGCAGUUGUCCCUCAUCCUGUUCUGGAGAAUCAAGGUUUGAAGCAGCCUCCAUAUACAUUUGCUCCUUCUGUCUCUUGACUUCCAACACUGGUGAUAGCAGUGAGUCAGGGGUCAAACUAAUCCUUUUCCCACUUGCUCCCAAAUGGCCAUUAAAUGAUAACAGUCCCCAGCCAUUACCAGUUUGGUUGAUUCAGUAAUCACUGGUCUGAAGACAGGAGGCUGUGUAUUUGUUAUCACUCUCCUGAACCAAUCAGUUGCUAUUUUUUAAUGAUAGGAAAUACCCUGACAGUGAGCAUUUCAAGUUUCAAACUGAAACUAUGCCAGGGUUGAGAUUUACAACAGUCCCACAGCAGUGAGAUUUAAAUAAUAUAGAUAUCAGCAAUGUUUCCCAGAUGGUCAAACCAGGACCUAUUCUUUCUAUAAUUAUAGAGUUGCUUUAAAAAUCACAUUAGUCACUCCCCAUUGUGGUGCAGUUUUGUCUAGACUGUUCAGUAGCAAAACAAAUGAGUCAUGUGUGCAAUCCCAAGAAGCAGUGAGGAGAUGAAAGAGAAAUGUGUGGAGGUGUCAUUUGCAGAUACUUUGUGUUAAAAAUAGUCUGGUAGACUUUACCAAAAUACUGGCCAAGACCUUGAUUCUGCAAAACCCAGGUACCUUAAACAUGCAAGUAGUCUCUUUGGCUUCAACAGGAUCUUUAUGCUCUUCAAGGCUAAGUGUAUAACCUAAGUGUUUGGAAUAAGGGUUAAUUUUUGCAAAGCCAAAUCUCUUAAAACAAAAGGUUAAGACACUUUCUGCCAUGGCCAAAAAGUAUGUAUGAUGCGUGUGAAAGAACAAAUGCUAGUGUUUUACCCAAUGUUGUAGUGACACUUCAGUUAUCUAUGCAUUUUUGUAUCUAGUGAUCCUGUAAGCAGACAGCCAUGUUCACUAUGCCUCAUAUGUCUCAUGUCAUUUUUUAAUUAACCUGUUAAAUAUAGCUUAAAAUAUUUUUAUUUUAUUUAUUCUAUUUUUACUGAAAUAUCCUGCUUUAUUAUGUUGACUUAUCUUUACUAGAAAUGGUCUCACAACUUUUCCCAUGCUACGUAAUCUCUGUGUACUAUACGUUGUCUAAAAAGGUGGGUUUUGUAAUUAUUUGUAGUCACAUUUUUAUUGAAGUAUGUAAAAGAAAUGGCAAAAAUGUGUAAAGCUGUCGUCUUAUUUUUUAAAUGCAAAUAGUAAGUUAAGGCAGAUAUCACAUCAUCUCAUUAAAAUGUUCCAUUGAGGAAGCAAGAUUUAUUGGCACUGCAAAAGUCUAUAGUUGGAAGCCUUUCCUUUGAAAGCUACGGCAAGCCUUGGUGCUCUCUUUAGGUCUUAUUUAAACUACUUACUAUUUCAUUUAAAGAAAAAAAGAUAUGAGACACCUACCAGACAGUUGCACAGGAACAAAAUAAAUGUAUAAAAGGGCACUGAUGUCUCUUACAGUGAAGACUUCUUGGGGAUAAAUGCUGUAUACAGUUACUUCUACCGCUUAAAAAAAAAAAACUAAAACAAAAACAUAAGCCCUUAAAAGAGGAAUGGAUUGAGUUUGUUCUGUGCCAUAGACAAAGAUUUUAAAGCCCUUUUCUUUUAAUUGUAUCAAACGUUCCAUAAAUCAUUGAAGCAGGGAUAUGAAAGUGUUAGUAAAUCACUUGUGGAAAAUGGAGCUGUUCUUAUUUCAACACCUGAUAUUGGCUCAAGCGUUAAAGCCCACACCUUAAUACCAUUACUCCUUUAUGUGGCAGGCUUAGUUAUCUUAAUACAUUGCUAAAACCUGUGCUGUGCAGUCAGCAGAAGUAGGUUUGAUUUAUUUUAAUAUCUGCAAAAGAGAAAGGAAAACACACCCACUGUUUAUCAGUCAGAGUUCAGUGUUACAUAAAGCAGCUGACUGAAUCUGAAAAAGGACUUUUUUUUUUGCUGUUGACCACUUUUACACAUUAAAUGUAAUCUGUUGUGAGAAUAAAUUUAGCUGCAUAAAA